GUUAUUUGUUGAAGUGAAUACACCAAUACCGAAAAAUGUGUAUUUAAAAAUAAAAUAGUUCUUUAAAAAUAAAUCGAAAUCACUGAGUAUCAAAAAUAUGGAAAAUAAACCUUAACCUAGUAUGGUGGAUAACAGACCUUUAAGUAAUAUGGAUGAGGAUCGUGAUGAUAUGGGUGAACUUCUAGACCUAACCCCUUCAUCAUCCGAAUCAUCGUAUUCCACAGAUGAAUCAGAAUUUUAUCCACCACAAGUUCCUAUUGUUCUCGAACUACACGACAUUAAAAAAGAUGAUCAAUCACCAGGACCUGAGGAGAAUCCUGUCGUUACAGGAUCAAAAUUGAAGAAGCAUAAGAAAAAGAAAAAAGGAAAUUCUGCUAAAGAUAAGCGUCAUUCCACUGAAUCCACUGACACUGUGUCUGACUCUGGUUCUAUACCUCCAACAGCUGCAGAAGCUAAAGAAGAGUUUUAUGAUGCCCAUGAAAGCUAUCAUGCUAUACCAGAGAACCAAGGACCGCUAGCUACCGCACCGACAGUGGCUGCAGUUGCAGUCCCUCGAUUGCAAGAUAUUUCAGAAAGCAGCGAUAUCUCUAAAGCUCCUCCUGUCGUGGCAGCACCAACAUCUGCAGAAGAGCAAACCACUCCACCAGCUACGAAGAAAGACUCGGCUAUAACUAAACCAACAUCAACGCAGGAAUAAGCCGUUUUACUGAUCAUUUGUACAGUCAUCUAGUACUUCUAGUCAUGCAACUUUAAGAAGAUACCUCGAAUGGUACAAAACAUUAUUUUGAAUGAAUCAAUAAACCGAAUUUUUAAAUACCAC